CUGCAGAGAUAGUGAGUUGCGAGUGUUGAGAUAUUCAGCGUCAUUGGUUCUUCGUUUCUAUAUCGACAUAUUCAAGAUGUCGCAGACUAUUGGAAAGACCCGUCUCGCCUACUCGCGCGCAUGGCACCACGUCGACGUGGGCAGUGACGGCCGCACCCUCGGCCGGCUGGCCUCCUCCAUCGCCCUUGUCCUCAUGGGCAAGAACAAGCCCAUCUACGACCCCUCCACCGACUGCGGCGACUACGUCGUCGCCGUCGGCUGCCACGACCUCCGCACCACCGGCAAGAAGCGCCAGCAGAAGAAGUACUACACCCACACCACCCGGCCCGGUAGCCUCAAGAGCAUGACCAUGGACAUGAUGUUCGAGAAAUGGGGCGGCGGCGAGGUCCUGCGCCGCGCCGUCCGCGGCAUGCUGCCCAAGAACCGGCUGCGGGAUAAGCGGUUGGCGCGGUUGAAGACUUUCGAAGGUCUCAAGCACCCCUACGAGCAGAAUAUCAUCAAGAUCGGUGGGACGGGUGUUCAGGCUCAGGAGUCGGUCAUCGGAAAGCUUCCCGAGGUGCAGCAGGCGUUCCAGGCGGCUAAGGUGGAGGCGUCGGCAUGAGAAGAGUCGAAACUAUCUGUCACGUUGCCAGGUGAUUGAGAUGGGUCGACCAUCGUGCUACUGCAUAAGGGCCUUGGCUGUUUCCUCCCCCUUGUUCUCCGCGGAUACCAAAAACCGACUUGUGUAUUCUGUUUUCCUGUACUUUUAUAUCCCGUACCAUAUCUUGUUUCCCUUGUUGUCACGAAUACUUGCUAGCGCAUGGGUGGGAGUUCUCAAUGUUUCAUUUCUUCUCUCUUUCGGUCCGAAUCUAUACAUUCAUCUGAUUUGAUGUGUCUUGGAGGCGCCGGGCCUGAGGUCUUUUUUAACUCUCUGCUGUCGAUCUACAACACCGACUUACUCGAAGAUGUGUCGUUGAUUUUGCACCCGUACCAGUUUACUGGAAGGCUUGUGCUGUAUCAUAACCGAUCAAUCCAGUGAAAUGCUAUACUAC